GAAAUGACCGCCGGAAAAGCUGGUAAGAACACUGGAAAACUGAAGUCGAAAGCCAUCUCCCGAUCGGCCCGGUCCGGUCUUCAGUUCCCGGUUGGACGAAUUCAUCGACACCUGAAGAAUAGCGGUACCAGCCACGGCCGAAUCGGAGCAACCUCAGCGGUUUAUGCCGCCGCCAUCCUCGAGUACCUUACGGCUGAGGUGCUCGAACUGGCCGGUAAUGCCUCUAAGGAUCUGAGGGUGAAGCGGAUCACUCCGCGCCAUUUGCAGCUAGCGAUUCGAGGCGAUGAGGAGUUGGAUAGCUUGAUUAAAGCAACGAUUGCUGGUGGAGGUGUUAUUCCGCACAUCAACAAAGCACUGCUGGCUAAGAAGGAAGGGUUGGAGUGA